GCUGAUGCACAGGAACCAUCUUACAAGUCACAACAAAGACGAGCCUGGCGGUACAAGUUGACCUACAAGGUUUAUUUAUUUAUUAAUAUAUAUUACUUAUAAGUUAACCGCCUAUUGAUAUAAGCCGCCUGGGCGGUUGGUUUGUCCAGUGUUAGUACAGGAGGACACCUGUAGUGAGGAUCAUACAGGAUAACACUUGUGUCCGGGCCAAGGAGGACACAGUGGUACAAGUUGACCGUCCAACUCUUACAACAAAACUCACAACACAGAUAUGGAGUGAAAAAAACAAAUGACAGUGGGAAGAGAAGCAGUAAAUUGUGACAACACUGAUUGCCAUGGACAGCUGCUAGUUUAUUGUGCACCCCAUAUGGGGUAGAGGUCACAAAGGGUGUUUAUCAGAUCCCAGUGACCAGGAUAUUGUGGCAUUGACUGGAAAACAGUUUUCCAGUACAUUAUUUGUUUAGUUCAGUGCAGUACUAUAUAGAAGUUUACUGUUUGCACUUGUCUGCUUGCUUCAAAUUCAUCACCGAGUUCUUGCCUGUUUACAGUGUUUGGGUUCUGUUUGACAAUCCUAGAUUAUAAUCAACAGUGACUUUGUUGGUCACGAAUUUAGGAAAGGUAGAACAUUAUGUUGGGUGUAGCUGUUAAGAACAGUGGACAUAGACAAAGUAUUAUAAACUGAACGAAAGAAUUACAAGUAGACAAGAAAUUAUUAUUCUUUGUGGAAAUAUGUUGUGAAGAUCACCCCCUCAUAAGACUUUUGUCACAUGUAGUAAAAGUUUACCAGCCAUCACAAGUACAGUAGUAUAUCAGCCUGAGUAUUAUUGUUUACCAGCCAUCACAAGUACAGUAGUAUAUCAGCCUGAGUAUUAUUGUUUACCAGCCAUCACAAGUACAGUAGUAUAUCAGCCUGAGUAUUAUUGUUUACUGUACAUCAGAGGAACUGUACAUAUAACAAUAAUGUACAAUAUAUAAUUUUUGUACACUUCCCUGUUGAGUGUUUCUUUAGUGUAUGUUGUAAGUCAUAAACAGUGUGUGUUAAUGACAAGUAUAGUUAUAUGUGUAACUCAUUCUUUACACCAUUUUUCACAUUUAGUUCAAAGAGGUAUAGAGGAACCUUGUUAAUAAUGGUGUAGUCACAUCACAAACUGGAUCUUCCAUCACACUUACCUCCUCACUGUCCUCCCAUCUCAGCUUCAUUACAUCAGUGUCAGUAAAUCACAUUCACUUAUUGAUUUAUGUUUCAGUUUUUAUUGUCAAAUAUAAUUAACAGUAACAAGACAUUAAUAGUUCUUGUAGGAGGAAACAGUUUGCCAGUUAAGUGUCACUAAAACUUUUGAACACACAAUACACACAGUUUUAUAAUGGAAGGUCACUCAGAGGAACAGUCAGAGUCUCCCAGAGAAUUGUCUGUAAAAUCACAUCAAGUAACACAUGUGAAAGAUCAUACAGGAGAGAAGCCAUUUGAGUGUUCAGAAUGUUAUAAAGGUUUUAAAAGACAACGUGAUUUAGUGAGACAUGUGAAACUUCAUACAGUAGAGAAUCCAUUUCAGUGUUUAGAAUGUUUUAAAAAGUUCUCAGAUAAAAUUUAUCUCAUAAAUCAUAAUAAAGUUCAUACAGAAGGGAAACCUUAUCAGUGUGAUGUGUGUCUGAAAAAUUUUCAAAGUAAACUGCAUAUGUUGAGACAUAUGAGAUGCCAUACAGGAGGGAAACCAUUUCAGUGUUCUGAGUGUCUUAAAGAAUUUUACAAAAAAUCUAACCUGGUGACACACAUGGAAAUUCAUACAGAAGAGAAACCUUGUCAGUGUAAUGUGUGUCUGAAAGAAUUUAAAAGUAAACAGGAUCUUUUGAGACAUAAGAGUUGCCAUACAGGAGAGAAACCAUUUCAGUGUUCUGAAUGUCUUAAAGAAUUUAAAAAAAAAUUUCACCUAGUGAGACAUAUAAGAGUUCAUACAGGAGAGAAACCAUUUCAGUGUUUACAAUGUUUUAAAAGGUUCGCAGAUAAAAGUUGUCUCAUAAAUCAUAAUAGAGUUCAUACAGAAGAGAAACCUUAUCAGUGUGAUGUGUGUGUGAAAGAAUUUAAAAGUAAACGGGAUAUUUUGAGACAUAGUAUGAGAAUUCAUACAGGAGAGAAACAUCAGUGUUCAGAAUGUCAUCAAGGCUUUUCUAAAAGGUGUCUUCUAGUAAAACACAAGAAAGUUCACUCAGAAAAGCUUUUCCACUGUGUAAGAUGCAUGAAAGACUGUAAAGAGAAAGAGAGCUUAAUAUUACAUGUAGAGAGAUGUUACCAGACUGACCAAGUGGUCAAUUCUAAUCACUAUGAAGGUGAAAGUUGCCAGGAUUUGCACCAUGACUUGAGCUUGUCUUGCCAACCAACAGUGGAGAUGUGUGUUUCUGAAGGAGUGAAAAAGGAAACUAAUUAUGAUCCACUCUCAGUCAUUUGUGAGACAGAAGCUUCACCAGGGCCUGAGAUAAUUGACCAAUCUUCUUUAAAGAUGGAGUGCCUGGAAGAACUAGAAUUUGUUAAGGAAGAAUUCUGAAACUGUUUUUGUGAAAUAUUUAUGGUUUUAACAAAGAGUAAAGUUUAUAUAAUGCUCACGUAGGGACUGAAAGUUUGUAGUAAGUGUAAUCAAUAGUAACAGGUGUACUGUAUUGGUAAAUAAUUAAUGUAUCACUUUAUAUAACUAUCAGUAAUGUGAGGGUAGAUGGUACUGUAUACAACACACUACAGGUAUACCUGACAUACAUGGUACAGGUAUACAACACACUACAGGUAUACCUGACAUACAUGGUACAGGUAUACCUGACAUAUGGUACAGGUAUA